AUGACCAAAGAUCAAGAAAUCAAGAAAUCAGGAUCAGAAUCAACUAUGGUUGAAGGUACUACAGAAUCAUACACAACUAUGUCACAAGAAGGCUACAAGAAAGGUAAUUGGGAAGUAUUCUCUAAAGAGAUUAUUCAUGAAUUUCAUGAUCAGAACAUUACUUACAAGAUUCACUAUCAGAAUUAUCUUCAAGCAAUUACAAAGAAACCACAUGCUUGGGAUAGCAACAUUUGUGCCUAUAUUCAAGAAUACACUACUAUCACCAGUACAGUACAAGCCAAUGGAAGGCUUGAUGAAUUCACUAAGAUGUCUUGGUUUCUUCAGGAACUGCCUGAGAAGCUUCAGAAUAAGAUUAUUGAUAAGGCAAAGCUCAAUCUUUCAGAUAAUAUGUCACCUAUUGAUUUUAGGAAGGUUGUUCAAAAGAAAAUGGAGAAGCUUGCUAGUUCUGUAAAGACUGAAGAAUCUGAAUCAAAAUCCAAAGUCAAGAGCUCUGAGAGUACCAAUAUUAAAGCUGCAAUUGAAAAGAUGACCAACAAGUUUACAAAUUUAGCAUUAGCCAUGAGAGUACAGUCAAAUCAGAUACAAGAGAAUUCUGAUCAGUACUAUAUGCUGCAGAGAGAAGGGCCUCCAAAACCCAUACCAAAUUAUACAACAAAUGUGAUUACUAAUUCUGCAAUGGUACAAGAGAACACUCAACCACAAUUAGUUAAUUCUUAUGUGGCUCAAAACAGUUCACCAAUGACAAGCUAUUAUUCUAGUGACCAAGGAGGGGCUUGA